CUUCUUUAACAAUUUGACAGAACAAUUUAAAACUCUUCCUUGAACUGCUUCUUUAGCAGAAGGCUAGGGGAUAUAUGUGUAGGAUUAAUUUUUGAGGACAUGCUAUAGAAAGAACGCAUUGCAGUUGUGGAUAGUCUUCAGACCUAAUCUGCAUUGACUUCUUUUUCCCAGCACACAAGCAACUUUGACAUUGCCUCAUCAUCAUCCCUAAAAGCAGAGCCAGUCUGCCACUGCUUCUUGCCUGAGAAAACAACUUUCCUGGAGAAGACCCCGGGUCUCAUGAACGGAUCAACGGAUCUCGGGAACGGCAACAUUCUGGACCCAGUCCUGCGGUUCAGGAAGGGACAUGUGCCCGAUGUUGUUGGGCAGAAACAUGAUGAUAGCGACCAAUCUAGUGAGCUGGGGCACCUCUUAGUGAAGCCGCUGACAUCUUCUGACCUGGAGAAGAGUUCCAACGAUGCCAAGGAUAAUGAUACAGCACAGGAAGAUGAAAGAUUUAUGGGGAUGCUGCCUCUCCUCCAAGCCCACCAUGCCAUGGAAAAAAUGGAAGAGUUUGUGUGUAAGGUGUGGGAGGGCAGAUGGCGUGUCAUCCCCCAUGAUGUCUUGCCUGAUUGGCUAAAGGACAAUGACUACCUGUUGCAUGGACACCGACCUCCCAUGCCCUCUUUCCGGGCCUGCUUCAAAAGCAUUUUCAGAAUACACACUGAGACCGGCAACAUCUGGACACAUCUACUAGGUUGUGUGUUCUUCCUGUGUCUGGGGAUAUUCUACAUGUUCCGGCCAAACAUGUCCUUUGUAGCACCUGUGCAGGAGAAGGUGGUGGUUGGAAUGUUCUUUUUGGGAGCCAUUCUCUGCCUCUCCUUCUCGUGGCUCUUCCAUACAGUUUACUGCCAUUCAGAAGGUGUGUCAAGGCUCUUCUCCAAGUUGGACUACUCUGGCAUUGCCCUUCUCAUUAUGGGCAGCUUUGUUCCUUGGCUCUACUACUCUUUCUAUUGCAAUCCUCAGCCGUGUUUCAUCUACUUGAUCGUGAUCUGUGUCCUGGGCAUUGCAGCCAUUAUAGUUUCCCAGUGGGACAGAUUUGCAACUCCUCAGUACAGAGGAGUAAGAGCAGGAGUGUUUCUGGGUCUGGGCCUUAGUGGGGUCAUCCCGACGCUGCACUUUGUUAUCUCAGAAGGGCUCCUCAAGGCUGCCACAAUGGGGCAGAUUGGCUGGCUGGUCCUCAUGGCUUGCUUGUACAUCACUGGUGCUGCACUGUAUGCUGCUCGCAUCCCAGAGAGGUUCUUCCCGGGAAAGUGUGACAUCUGGUUCCACUCCCACCAGCUGUUCCACGUGUUCGUAGUGGCUGGUGCCUUUGCACAUUUCCAUGGCGUUUCAAACCUUCAGGAGUUCCGCUUCACACUUGGAGGAGGCUGUUCGGAGAAUGAGAUGCAGUGAAAGCGGCCAGGCACCAAGGACUGUAGCCAAAAGAGAACCAUGGGAGCAGCCAGGAGUUAACCAGGCAGCUGGUGUGAGCAUCAGUGCCCACAUCUCACCUGUGGUGGUGUGGAAGCUUCAUGGGGAUUCUAACUAAAAUGCAGAAGAAAAAUUCAUACCUCAAGCAUUGGAGUGAAUCAAUUUUGUGAAGACCCAGAAGUUCUUAAACCCUAACUUAUUCCUGGGAUCUACAGAUUAAGCUAAAGAAAGCCCUUUCUUAAUCGGCUUCUGUUCAAUUGCCAUAUUUAUUUGUAGAAAAUAAGAGGGGUUGUGAUGGAGAGGUGGCUUGGCAAUUUUUUCUUUUUUAAAAAAAAUCUAGUUUAAGAUUUGUAUCUUGUUCAGGUAAGUUGAUUUUAGAUGCUCUUUUGAGAGAGAAAAAUGUAAAUAAGAUUUCUAACUUUCUGUUUAAUUAAAAAGUUUAUAUAAAUGUUUUAAAAUGGGGAGGGGAGGGGUUUUGUAUAGAAUGCAACAUGCAAGUACCACACACUGUUUCAAUUUUGCACGAAUUCUGUCACGUGCAAGAGGGCCAGGUGAAACCCCUGGGGAGUCAAGCAUCUGAGUUCUACAGGUUCUUCCUAAUGCUUGUGUACACUGGAUGGUACCCCCCCUCCCCCAAUAAGCCCCCUUGUGCACAAGGGUUGAGAGCAUUGAGAUGCUUGCAACUUAAUCAGGAUGCCAUUCAGGCCUCUGUGUGUUCAGGUGGUAAAGGAAGAAGGUACUGUGCGCAGCUGAGCUCCGCAACUUUUACAGAUCAUACUUUCUGGGCACUCUGUCCUUUUAUGGAUACUUCCUAAUGGCUUUGUUUCAGCAGCUUUUUGGAAUUUGGUGGCUUAAAGGCACAACAUAGUAUAUCCCCUGUCUUCUGGGGUCUCCUUUCAGAGUUUUGCCAUUCUGUUAGGUCUGCUAUCCUCCUUUAAUUAAAUGCACUUGUUAGUGUUGGACAUCUUUUGUAUUGUAGGUAAUCCAGUAAAUAGGAAUGGACACACUGGGAGGAGAAGGUUAGGUGGAGGUGGUGGCUCCAAUGCUAUGCUUGAGGGAAGGAGAUUUGCAGUCUACUUUGCUGAUCUCUUCGGGAUUAUUUAGUGUGCUGCUGAACCACAGGAGUGCAAAGGUUGCCUGUAUUAAGUCUGCUGAGCUGCAGUGUAACAUUGCCAUUUCUUCACUUCCUUCUGGUAUCCAGGAUAAUAUACUUGGAUCCAUUAUGGCUUUUCCAGCCCUCAUUAAAAUGGUGUUUGGAUCCAAGGAAGCUUGUCAGAUUUCAACUCUGCACUGGGCACUGCCUUUCCUUAUUUUCCACAUACUGUUUAUAUAGGUUUUUGUCCCAGAUAGCGUAACAGCAUGGCAUAGUGGUACAUUUCAGUGGUUUCUUUGAAUGGUGGACUACCACGUCCUGAAAUAUUUCAGAGAUUAUCAUGAAGAGAAACUUAAUUCUUCUGUGUUUUGCCCAUCUUCCCCCCCCCCCGUUUUUUUUAUUUUUUAGGGAUGAGGGAUUGACUUUUGUACCUUUAACCCUGCAAACAGAAUUGAAGUGUUUAGACCUACAAGAGGUGCUUAACUGGUGCUUGUAGGCAACAUAAGAGUAUUUUUUUGUUUUGAAAAGGAUCACAACACUGAAUGCAGCUAAGACAGAUUGGCAGCCUAAUGUUUUGAUCCCAAACUUAAGACAACAGUAUUAAUCUGAAGCCCUGUAAUGCACUGGAAAGUCUGAUGCUGAUUUUAAACCUCAGUGGUGUAUCUAGCCACCUGGCAGGAGGUGGGUUUCCUAAUGAGGGCAAGUGGCGGGGUGUAUCAGACCCAGACCUACCUGUCUGAAAAGCACUUUUGGGAGUACUUUUGUAUCUGUACCAGCAGAAGCUGCAUCUCCCCAUUUUGGAUCAUCUCAUGCUUGCUUCCCAGAAAGGGGCUUAUUCAACCUGGUCUGACCUGUACAGAAAAACAACGCUUCACUUGCUGUUCUUAUCCCCUCUUGGUCUUGUUUUAGGACAUCUUGUGUCCCAAUAAGAUACCGCUUAGCUGUGCACUUUUUCUGUGUGCUUGCUGAGACUUCUUCCCAGGUUGGCACCUGAAUGCCUUACUCUCAGCAAUCGGAGGUUUGCUUGCUUUCUCUUUUUCUCUGUGUGUGCAGGUUUUCAGCAUAGUAUAGAUUCUGCAGCUUCUCCCCCCCCCCCCCCAUUAACUAGUGGCCUUGUUCAGUUUUUUUAAAUGCUUACUGUUGGAGGCAACAAAGCACAUCUUGAACUUUGAAGUUGGGGUCUCUGGGCAACGGGAUCUCAUUACUUGAUGUAUUCUGAACUUCUAAUAAAAACAAAAUACCAUGCA